AAAGGUCCUGUUCUUUCCUUGAUCACCUCAUUGCAAUUCAACAAGAUCAACGUGCUGCUGCCUAUCAUUUUUCGGAGGAACUUAAAGAUCUGAGAGAAUGUCUUUGGCCUUUAGCAAAUUUGUUCCCAGACUCUUUUCUGGGACCAGCCAGUUGUGAAUGGUCCUUUCCUGAGAACCAAAAUGUCAUAUUUAAUUGCAUGUGGCAGCAGAAGCAACUUCUUGACAAUUUGUCUACCAUGAUAUCUGAAGUGCAAUUGUUGGUACAAAAGGUAGAGCAUAAUCACUUAAACUCCUGUUCCAACGUCAAAGAUACAGCUAAGCAGAUUUUUUGCAUCAUUGAGAAAUUUGUCCCGGAGCUUCAGAGCUCUAAGGGUCUGCUGGAUCUUCAUCUUCUUGGCGAUAACAGAGCUAAAGCCACUUGUGAAGCUUUACUGCUUCCAUAUGGUGUUACAAAACAAAUGGAACAAUUGGUAAAUGACAACUUCAAGUGGAUAAGAACAUUUAAGGACAACCUCAGUGCUUUUAGCAGGGAAGACAGGGAGGGAGCAACAGUUAAAGCAAUAUUACUUGGACACUUCGAAGAGGUUUUUGAGAAGGCUAGUUUCAUGGCCGAACAGUAUAGUUCUGAUUUGAAAGCAAGAAAGCAAUCAGAAAAUGUUUCUGAAGAUGCCAACCUUCAUAUAGAAAACACUAUUGGAGUGGGCUUCCUGGAUCCAUUUAAGGAAAUAUAUAGAAGUAUAUCAGAUGCAUUCCAUGUGAUGCUCUCACAGAAGAAUGGACCUGUUUUUGGUGAAGAGUCACCAAGCAAUAUUAGUGAAUGGAAAAGCUUUUUCGAAGCAGAUACUCAACGCUUGAAGUUGGACUUUAUCUGUGACAAAUUGGUGCAGAUAACUAAUAAUGCUGGAGAGCAGCUGAACCAUUGCAGUAAGACAAAUACAUGCUCUCUUUUUCAAGCACAUUUGAGGAUUCUAUACUCAUUGUUAAACGUGAUCUUGGCCUUUGGUGAUGGUCUUCUGCAUGAUUUUCUCAAUAUGCAUAGGAUGGUCUCAGUCAUGACUUAUGUGCUUGCAGAGAUUUUUGCUUUGUUAUUUGCAAAAGGAUUUGGCAUUCCAGAAGACCAAGUUAAGGAAUCUGAAUGUGAAACAAGACAAGAUGCUAGUGGAACCGGUAUGGGUGAGGGUGCAGGACUAAAUGAUGUCAGUGAUCAGAUAAAUAAUGAAGAUCAACUUCUUGGGACUUCUGAAAAGAAUUGUGAGGGGCAGGAUGGUUUAAGUGAUCCUCCAAGUAGAAGUGAUAAAGGAAUAGAGAUGGAACAUGAUUUUGGUACUGAUGUCCUUAGUGUUAAUGAGGAACCUAUGGAUGAUUAUGGUGGCAGUGGAGACGAGCAAUUGGAAUCUGCAAUGGGGGAAACUGGUGCUGAUAGUGAAAUUGCUAAAGAGAAACCCUGGGAGAAGAGUGAUGAUGAAAAUCCCAUGGGCAUGGAAGAGAAGUAUGAGUCUGGGCCACCAGUGGAAGACUAUGAAACUAAUGAUAGGGAGCUUCGAGCUAAGCAAGAUCCAGUUUCUGUUGAUGAAGCUGGGGAGAACAAUCCUGAAGAAUUUGACAAAAAAGAUGUGGAAAAUGGAGAAGAAGCUGCUCCUGACGGCAAGGAAGAUGCGAUGAUGGACAAAGACAAUGCAUACUCAGAUCCUAGUGGGUUGAAGAUUGAUGAGCCAAACCAAGAUUUUGAUGAAGAUGAAGCAAACGGAACUGAACUCAUGGAAGAUCAUGUAAUGGAAGAACUACAAGAUCCAGCUGACAGUGAGAACGAGGAGGAAAAGGAUGUUGAAAUGGAUGGAACUUUGGAUGAGAAAGGUUCUAACAAUUUGACAGACAGCCAAGAAAGUGAUCAUGAAAAUGAUACAAUGGGCUCUGGGGAGCCAAAGGAACCUCUGCAAAUGGGAACUUCUGAGCAAAUGAAUGAUGAUAUUUCAACUUUGCAAUCUGCAAAUAAACCAAAUGCAGAAUCUAGUGCUGUAGGUUUGGGUGAUGUUGUACCAGAAGCAAAAUGGUCAGAUGCCAGUGAUGUUCAAGAUGAUCUUGCUCCUAUCAGAGGCUUACCUGAUUCCUCUGCCAUUGAACUUCCUGUUACUGACACAUCAAAUGGUAGCAAACUAGGCAAUAGUCGUUUUGAUGCGCCUAUGCCACUAAGGGAAGACUCAAUUCAGAAAACAAAACCAAAUCCUUUGCGUAGUGUUGGAGAUGCACUUGAUGGAUGGAAAGAACGAGUUAAAGUGUCUAUGGAUCUUGAGGAAAAUGUCAAUGACACUGGUGAUUUCAAUGAGGAAAAUGCAAAUGAAUAUGGAUACACUGCUGAAUUUGAGAAGGGAACAGCCCAAACACUUGGACCAGCAACAAAUGACCAGAUUGACAAAAAUAUGAGUGGAAAGGAUCUGGAAAAAGAUACUGAAACUAAAGGAGUAGACCAUGGCAUUGAUAUGGAGUUUGAAAAUCAGCCAUCUGACAGACAACAUAUGCUGAGUUCGGCUUUGAAUCAUGGAAAUGAUUUGGAAAGACAAUCAGAAAGCUUGGACUUAGGGAAGCAUUCAGAGGAAUCUUCAGGACUUCAUGGGAAUCAUGAUGAGGACACGAGGUUAUCACAGAGUUUGGUGUCUAUCAAUAGGUCUUACUUGACUGAGGACAUAAAUCAACUCAGCAAGCUUUCUGUGAGUGAUGACGAGCUUGGUAAGGCCAAUUUUCUUGAAGAAAUUUCCAGUGAUGUGAGACAUAAUGCUGCUACAGUGUGGAGAAGAUAUGAACUACUCACUACAAGAUUGUCACAAGAGUUGGCUGAACAGCUCCGGCUUGUCAUGGAACCCACUUUAGCUAGCAAGCUCCAGGGUGAUUACAAGACUGGCAAAAGGAUUAACAUGAAGAAGGUGAUUCCUUAUAUUGCAAGUCAUUACCGUAAAGACAAAAUAUGGCUAAGGAGGACACGGCCAAAUAAACGCAAUUACCAGGUGGUCAUUGCUGUGGAUGAUUCCCGUAGUAUGCAGGAAAGUCGUUGCGGAGAUGUAGCUAUUGAAGCUUUGGUCACAGUUUGUCGUGCAAUGUCUCAAUUGGAAGUUGGUAACUUAGCUGUUGCAAGCUUUGGGAAGAAGGGCAACAUAAGAUUGCUCCAUGAUUUUGAUCAGCCAUUUACUGGAGAAGCUGGUAUAAAGAUGAUCUCAAGCUUGACAUUUAGUCAAGAGAAUACAAUAGCUGAUGAACCAGUAGUUGAUCUAUUGAAAUAUUUGAACAAUAUGCUGGAUGCUGCAGUAGCAAAUGCACGACUACCUUCAGGACAUAAUCCCCUGCAGCAACUUGUUUUGAUAAUUGCAGAUGGCAGGUUCCAUGAGAAGGAAAACCUUAAACGUUGUGUGAGAGAUAUCUUGAGUAGAAAACGUAUGGUUGCAUUUUUGUUACUGGAUAGCCCUGAAGAGUCAAUCAUGGACCUGAUGGAAGCAACAUUUCAAGGUGGAAAUGUCAAGUUCUCCAAGUAUUUAGAUUCCUUUCCUUUCCCGUAUUAUGUGGUUCUGAAGAACAUUGAGGCACUACCUAGAACACUUGCUGAUCUAUUGAGACAAUGGUUUGAGCUUAUGCAAUAUUCUAGGGACUAAAUAUAUGGGAGUGCCAAUGUCGUGAUAGUAACUGGUGCUGAUCGGUGAUAGAUCAUACAAACUUCAUCUACCCAGCACCCCUCUUCCUCUUACGUGGUUCGGGAGAGACAUCUUGCUGGCUCGAGGCAGUCGACGAACGAUUAAGAACUAAUGAUAGUGAAUGGGCUUUGUUCCGCAUGAUGCUGUCCACUGGCGGAAAUGCAGUGGCUCGCAGAGGUGAAGACGAAGCUAAGGGUGCCUUCUUGUGUAUGUGGUUCGGUCAGUCUGGUGGUUAGCAUGAACCACCCCGUGCAGUCUGGGCUUCGUGAGGCUCAUUCAGAGUACUUGGGACUUCUGCAAACGGGAGAGGGAAAGAGGAUGUACCACACUUUCCUGGAUGGACUCCUGACGUAUACGGUCAUCGAGAAAUUCCGACCUCUGUCUCUGAGGAGUCCUUUCUAAAAUUAACAUUUUAGGUUUCACAUUGAGUCAGUCGUCGUUUAAGAGUUGCUAUAUGCACGUCGAAGGCGAUUAAGAAGUUCGAUGCUGCUGUCUCCUUGGAAAAAAAAGGCUGAAUGGUUUUGUUUGUAACCGACCAAAUUUCUGGUAGGGUAGAAUCAAGCUUCUUCUUCCGAUGGAUAUGCAAAAUAACAUGCUUUUGAGUUGUACCAAUUGUAAUUGGAAUGGAGUUCUAAACUGAAAUUUUGUAGAUGUUAUUUCAAUUUUCUGUGUGCCA